GCUGAAAGAUUAGGGACUCUCUGGUCAUGAGGGAUGACCGUGACAUUGCUGAAUAUUACAGCAACUCCUGAUCAGCACUAGGGGCCAUUAAUGGAACAUUCUGAGAUUGUUAACAGCCUUUAGAUAAGAACCUCCUUCGAUUACAUGCGUGUAUGUGUGUGAGUUUCCAUCAUUAAAGAUGAGGACCUCGUUGGACGGUCAGAAUCCCUUUUUUUCGUUAAAGGGGUGAUUCUUCUUCGAGAGGAACCCUAACUCAAAGGAAUCAUGCUUUAGUGCAACUUCAGAUCUAGAGAAAGAACCCCUUAGUCUUUCUCACAUUUACGUGCAAACGUAAAGGCAGGGGAGAGAAAAGGCAUCCUUGCUUCUGCGGUCCUCUCUCCCACUUACUCAUUGAUUCUGGUUGGCCAGAGUGGUAUGAGUGUGGGCAGGCCCCACCGUUACAGCAUCGUUUCAUCAUCGGAGGAGGACGUGUACCGCCAAGGCAAAAUGCCCGCCCUCGGCAAUGGCUUUGGCAAUGGUAAGAUCCAGACACGCAGGAAAGUACGGAACCGCUUCGUAAACAAGACGGGCCAGUGCAAUGUCAAUUUUGCACAUAUGGACGAACAAUCCCAGCGUUACCUCGCAGACAUUUUUACCACAUGUGUGGACUUUCGCUGGCGCUGGAUGUUUGUCCUUUUCUCCCUUGCAUUUGUUCUUUCCUGGCUUGGGUUUGGUUUUGCCUUCUGGCUCAUUGCUCUUGUUCACGGUGACUUAGACCAACCCUCUGGAGAUGACUUCACACCAUGCGUCAUGCAGGUCAACAGCUUUGUAGCAGCAUUUUUGUUCUCAGUUGAGACACAGACCACGAUUGGCUACGGGUUCCGCUGUGUGACUGAGGAGUGUCCAUUAGCUGUGUUCAUGGUUGUCUUCCAGUCCAUCGUGGGCUGCAUCAUUGACUCUUUUAUGAUUGGUGCCAUCAUGGCCAAAAUGGCGCGACCCAAAAAACGGGCAGAGACCAUACUGUUCUCGCACAAUGCUGUCAUUGCGAUGCGCGAUGGGAAGUUAAGCCUAAUGUGGAGAGUUGGGAACUUGAGGAAAAGUCACAUUGUUGAGGCUCAUGUGCGGGCACAACUUAUUAAGCCCCGAAUAUCAGAAGAAGGUGAGUACAUCCCACUCGAUCAGAUUGAUAUCAAUGUGGGCUACGACCAAGGUCUCGACCGCAUCUUCCUAGUUGCUCCCCUAACUAUCCUCCAUGAGAUAAAUGAGGAGAGUCCACUGUAUGGUAUCAGCAAGCAGGACCUGGAAACAGCUGAUUUUGAGAUUGUGGUCAUCCUAGAAGGGAUGGUUGAGGCGACUGCGAUGACGGCUCAGGUGCGCAGCUCCUACCUGGCCAGUGAGAUCUUAUGGGGCCAUCGUUUUGAACCAGUGGUGUUUGAGGAACGGAACCAGUAUAAGGUGGACUACUCGCACUUCCAUAAGACCUACGAGGUGCCCACAACACCGCGCUGCAGUGCCAAAGACAUGGAGGAGAGCAAGUCCCUAGAGUCUGGCGCUGACUUCUGUUAUGAGAAUGAGUUGGCCUUCAUCAGCAGGGAUGAAGAGGAGCAAGAUGAGGAGCAGGUUGAGAGAGCGACUGAGCUAGAGACCCUAUCCACCAAUUUGAACUUUGAUCAGAGGUCAUAUCACAAAGAAUCAGAAAUUUGAAUUUGAUCGUGACCUUGGGAACUUUGCUUUAUUGUAGACUAUUUUUGUAGUGUUGGAUGUAAUUGAUAGAUACUGAGUAAUGCAAGUGCCAAAUACAAAACCCUGGCCCACUGUUUUAGAGCUAUGUCGUAGAUGAGGGCAGGUCAAGAAAAGUAUGUGCUUUUUGUAGUUUGUCAGAAAUGUGAGGCCUUCUUGUAGGAAAACUUGAAAUCUAAAAUUUCUGUUACAUACCGUAGUUUGAAGUGAUAGCUUUAAGUAGUAUCAUUAUGCAAUACUAAGCUAGCCUGGGUGCCAUACUGACAAAAUCUCUUUCUUGUAAACACAAUUUGCACAAGCUGGGUUGUUAACCAGUACUGUGUUUGCUUGAAUAUUGAGUAUAAAAUGAUACCAUAAUAUAUAACAAGUUGUUUGGUGUAAUCUUCAGCAAUAAAGUGACUUUCAUCCAUGUUUUCCAUAUACAAAUUGUCUGGUUUACUUUAGAGAUUAUCACAAAUACAGCAUAGCUGUUUUUAUUUUCAUCACAUCUGAGCAAAGCAAAUGUUUGAUACUUUUAUUUUUCAGCAUGUAAUAAAUUAUUACAUAAAAGGUGUACGAAAGACAAUUAACACUAAUUACUGCUGACAAUGAGCAAGAUGGCUCCCAGGCUAGCAAAUAGUGAAGACACAAAAAGUAUUUAUUCAGUAUUAGAAAAUGAGUAGACAAAUAUAUAAAGAGAGUAUGUGAGUGAUUAAGUCAAAAAGAAGGCAUGGUUAUAGGAUAAGCUUAAACUUUGAGGAUGAUGGUAGCUUUUUGCACAACACUUUAUACAUUCACCUUCAUGCUCAGGACCAUAGUGGAAGUGUAUGAUUGGAGAGAUUCAGUUGUAAAGCCAUGUUUCACAUUACCUACAUUUUAAAGGGUUAGUUCACCCAAAAAGUCAUACUCAACUCACCCUCUUAUCAUCCUAAAAUUGUGUGACUUCCGUGGAAUACAAAAGGAGAUGUUAGGUAGAAUGAUAGCUUCAGUCACCAUUCACUUUCAUUGCAUCUUUUUCCAUACAAUGAAAGUGAAUGGCGAUUGAGAAAGGAAAGUCAUACAGGUUUGGAACAACAAGAUGGUGAGUUUUAAUUUUUGGGUGAACUAUCCCAUUAAGCAUGUAGUGCAAUACAACAAAUAAGGAAUAAUAUACAGUCAGCUUGUCAACCCCCAAUCGUGGUUUAUUUUGAUCAGGCCUCCGAAUUGACUAAUCAAAAGUAUUCCAGAGAGCCAUGUAUUAUUCAGAUUUCCACUCUCACAAAACUAACCUAAGAACUUAUACAAAAGAAGUUCAACAAGCGUUCAGCCCAAUACUACCUACCCACACCAGAAUUCUAUACAAUGAUAAUUAAUUAUCUUUACAAUCCUUUAAAUAUCUCCCUCAUUUUCAACAUUAGUGUAUAAAGCGAAAGGGAGAGGUGAGAAAGAGAGCCGGAAACAAAAAAGGAACAAAGAGGAGAGUGUUCACCCACUCACCUCAUCCAUCACUUUGCUCUGUGGGGGAAAAAUAAGAGUGCCUGAUUAAAUAAAGAAGGCAUUAUAUGAGAUAAUUUAAAUAAACUAAACGUUUCAUCCAGGUGGAUGCUAGCCAAAGUCUCUCUCACGGAAGAGAGGAAAAAAAAGAGACAAUCCUCUUACAAUUACCCACUCUCCAAAAAUACUACACUACCACGUCAUGAUACAUCAUACAACACACAGCAGCAUAGUUUAUAGCUUUUUUUUUUAUUGCUGUCUGAUCAUAUAAGGUUAAAGGUCUGAUUAUUCAUGCUAUAAGCAAUAUGACCGUUUUCAUGUCAUGUCCUCCUUGCAACCUCUUCAGUUGGGUCUCUGAGGGUGAAAGUGAGUCACCUUCUUCAGGGCUCGACAUUAAACAUUGUCAUGUGCUUGUCAGAGUAAAAAGUUACUUGACCGGAGACAAAGACAAAAGCCUCCAUAGCCAUCAUUAACACCUAAUAGGGAUCAAGAACACCUUGCAGAAAGAUGGUAAGUCAUUGCUCACCCUCAAGCCUGUUUGAAUUUCUCUCUUCUGAGGGACACAAAAUUAGAUUUUUGUCAGAAUGUUAGUCAGGGUCACUAUUCACUGUCACUGCAUCUUUUUUCUCCAUAAAAUAAAAGUGAAUUGAGACUGAAACUAACAUUCUCCCUAACAUCUCCUUUUGAGUUCCACGGAAAAUCCGACAGGUUUGGAACAACAUAAAGGUGAUAUAAGGUCCCAUUCAUUAACAUUAGACAAUGCAUCAUGAACUAACAAUGAACAAUAUUUUACAGCAUUUAUCAAUCUUAGUUAAUGUUACUAAAUCAAAAAUAACAGUUGUUCAUUGUUGGCUCAUAGUGUAUGAACUAAUGUUAACAUAGACAGAUUUUAUUUUAAUGUGAAAAUAUAUUCAAGAUUAAUAAAUUAUAUAAAAGUGGUGUUUAUUGUUAGUUCAUGUUAACUGAUGUAGUUAACUAAUGUUAACCUUUUUGUAAAGUGUUACCCAACUUUCAUUUUUGGGUAAAUCAUCUCUUUGAGAGAACAAGUCAAUUCUCACCAGUUGCAUUAAAAGCGGCUGUUUAAUAUUGACAAAAUGCAUUGAAAAUGUUAACAGAUGAAAUCCUGAGAGAACCUUGCUGCUAAAUCAGUUAUGUUGUAUAUU